GCGGCAAAGUUAACCGCCAGCCUUGUCAACUACUCCCAUGUCCCAGCGAUUUCGAGUGAACAACGGCGCCGGGUCGCUGCGUGACCGGACGAGCCUUCUUGGCACCAAUGCUGCCUAUGGCUUCACACCUCCGUCUUCUGGGCGCUCCUCUCCGUACCCAGAGCCGGGAUCUCUAGCGGGACACCGAUAUGCCGACGACCUAGAAGGUCAGAACGACGAGCAGGUGAACGCUCUCACAGCGAAAGUCAAGCUAUUGAAGGAUAUCACGGUGGGUAUCGGGAAGGAGGUUCGGGAGUCUACGAUACAACUGAGCCAAAUGAACGACGCCUUUGCGGAGACGUCAGGCAUUCUGUCGGGAACCUUCCGGAGGAUGAACAACAUGGCAGAACGACAGGGAUGCCGGUGGUUAUGGUACAUCGUCUUCCUGGUGUUUGUAUUUUGGUUCUUCCUUGUGGUGUGGUGGUUUCGGCGAUGAUGCCGAACCUUCGCCGGUCCCUUCUUUACCAUAUGUUUCCACUAGUGUCGUUGUCUAUAUGUUAUCAACACCCG